UAUGUCGAAUGUAGUCGAAUUGCUCAAACUGGACUGGGCGAAUUUGGUUUUGGUCAAGAAACUCUUAAGCCAAAUUCUUCUCUAUUGUAUAAGAAGGCUUGACAAUAGUCGCUAUUUAGUUAAGACAGAUUAAUCCUUCACAAUGUCAUUCAACUUAGGAUUUAUUGGUGGUGGAAAUAUGUCCACUGCUAUAGUGCAAGGCAUUUUCAAAACUAACACACACCCACCAUCCAAGAUAUGGGUAUCAGGACCUCGCCUUAACAACCUUAAGCACUGGAGUGACCUAGGUACCAAUGUAACAAAUAAAAAUGGUGAAGUAUUCUGUGAAUGUGAUGUGAUUUUUUUGGGUGUUAAGCCAAGCAUGCUCACAGCUGCUGUCAGUGACUGUCUUAAAACAUUAACGACAACUGCGUCUUGUAAAGGAGUGCUUUUUGUUUCAAUGUUGGCCGGGAUUACUAUUGCUGAUUUGCAAAAGGCAUUGAAGCAACUAUCCAAAGAUGUGAGAGUAAUACGAAUAAUGCCCAACACCCCAAUGACUGUGGGGGAAGGUGCCUGUUUGUACACCCCGGAUGAAAGUGUGUCAGAUGACCAGUGCCAGAUGGUGGAAAAGCUACUCCGCAGUUGUGGCAUGUGUGAGAGAGUGCCAGAGUAUCUGAUAAAUUCUUUAGGCGCAUUAACAGGAUGUGGUCCUGCAUUUGUAUACAUAAUAAUCGAAGCUCUAGCAGAUGGAGCAGUGAAGCAGGGCGUUCCCCGCGACUUAGCCUUGCGUUUUGCAGCGCAAAUGGUCGCCGGCAGUGGCAAAAUGGUCUUGCAGUCGGGGAAACACCCAGGACUGCUGAAGGAUGAAGUCUGCUCUCCGGGAGGCUCUACUAUAUGUGGAGUUACUGCCCUUGAGGAAGGGAAAAUAAGGUCCACUUUGAUCAAUGCUGUAGAAGCCUCUACGUUGAGAAACCAGCAAAUUGGAAAGAAGUAGCAGAAUUGCCAGGCAAAAUUUUUAUCUAUUUAUUAAACACAGUAUAUUUUUUAUUAAUUAGAGAAACUAGGUUAUUUCCACUGGUGACCUCCAGCUGGCAAUACACCACGACAGUUAAUUAAAUAUUUUAGAGCCAAGUUCCCCAAUUCCAAUAUAAAUUGAACCCGCCUAGUGGGUUUAUGGCAGCAAUAACGACUAGGACCCUCAUUUGCUAAUUUUCAAACAUGCAUAAAAAUUAUGUACCUAUUCAUAUGUGGCAGGUCGUGCCGCUCGCGAAUCGGCCUCCACAGUCACCAAACCCGUUGUCGAAGCAGAAAUGUGUAAAUCGUCUGCAAUAGACGCAAAGGCCUGUGAUGAUUCAUAUAUAAUACAUUGCGUAACGUCAAUCAGCCAAAAAGUGCUUAGUUGCCAACCACAGAUAACAAAUUUUUGUCAAAAAUCUAUGCAACCACGGAUUGGACCGAUUUUUAUUAUUGCAACCUAUUACAGUUGAUAUACACUGAGGUGCUAAAGACCCGCAGAUUUAAACCAACGGUUCUAGAGCCUAAUUAGAGUAAGUACCUACAGUUACAUAGCAUACAAUCCAAAACAAGGCAAAGGCCCUCCCUAGAUUUCCAACUGGAGGACCCUGCCUGAAUGUACCGAGAAAUCUUUAAUAAAAGAAGAGAACCUACCUAGGUUCUCUAUUAUUUAAAACUAGCUUUGCCCGCGGCUUCGCUCGCGUUAGAAAGAGACAAAAAGUAGCCUAUGUCACUCUCCAUCCCUUUAACUAUCUUCACCUAAAAAAUCACGUCGAUUCGUCGCUCCGUUUUGCCGUGAAAGGCGGACAAACAAACAGACACACACACUUUCCCAUUUAUAAUAUUAGUAAUAUAAUAUUAGAUUAAGAUUUGACAGUGGUUUUAUGAAUACGGCCAGUCAUUUUCCGCCAAGUCUACGUUUUUUUUUCUAAGUGGUGUUU